AAUCUCAAUUUCCGACUCUAAUUCUCCCCCCAAUCUCAAUCAAAACUCUUGUUCUUCUAAUCCGAGUAAGUCUUUGAGCGAUUUACACUUCAGUUUUCGUUUUGAAUUUGCAUAAAUUUUAACCGAUCGACCUAAAAUUCGAAAUGAACGACCUACUCUCCGGAUCUUUUUCCGGCAGCCGCGUCAGCGACAUAGAGAUGGGUAACGCCGCCACAACCGACGGCACAAACCUCGAGAAAUUCUUCGGAGAUGUGGCGGAGAUCAAGGAAGAGCUAAAGGGUCUUGAAAAUCUUCAUAAUCAACUGCAAGAGUCAAAUGAACAAAGCAAAAGCCUAUACAACGCCACCUCCAUCAAAAACCUCCGGACCAAAAUGGACAACGACGUCGCUUUAUCUCUCAAAAAAGCGAAGCUCAUCAAAACCCGUUUAGAGGCCCUUGAUCGUUCCAGUGAAGCCAAUAGGAACCUCCAUGGCUGCGGUCCAGGAAGCUCCACCGACCGUACACGAAUCUCCGUCGUUAACGGCCUACGGAAGCAGCUUCAAUCGUUCAUGAAAUCUUUCACCGACCUCCGUCUGAAAAUGGCGUCCGAGCAUCGAGAAACUGUCCAACGAAGGUACUACACAGUCACCGGAGAAAAACCCGACGAGGGUACAGUCGAUAACCUGAUCUCCACCGGAGAAAGUGAGACGUUUUUACAGAAAGCGAUCCAGGAGCAGGGUAGAGGGCAGGUGAUGGAAACAAUAUUGGAAAUUCAAGAACGCCAUGAUGCAGUAACAGUAAUAGAGAGGAAUCUGAAGGAACUGCAUCAAGUGUUCAUGGACAUGGCGGUGUUGGUGGAGAGCCAAGGAGAGCAGCUAGACGACAUCGAGAGCCAUGUUAAUAGGGCGAACUCGUUUGUGAGAGGCGGUGCACAACAGUUGCAGGUGGCAAGAAAGACGCAGAAGAAUACCAGGAAAUGGACAUGUUUUGGGAUUCUUUUGUUGUUGAUUAUCAUCGCCAUUAUCGUUCUCUCAAUUAGGCCAUGGAAGUAGGAGUGUUGUGAAGAUGACUGCGAUCGUUAUACGUCAGUUGUACGGGAUUCUGUUUGACGCGGUGAGUAAUUCGUUUUCCAACAUUGUGAGAUAUCCGUUGAAUGGUGUGGUCGUGUGGAGAUGAUGAGGGUAUCUUUGUAAUUAAACAUGGGUCAUGGGUUCGUGUUUUGUAUUUGACGUAUUAUAUUCUUUUCCAAAAUAUUUGUUUGUUUUGAUUGAAAAAAGUUGUCUAUUCGUUUGUAUAUAUAACGGUUGCGCAUAAAUUUAUAUAGGGAAAAAUGACUUAAAAGCUUUA